AUGAGUGGCAAGGCACCCGGGAAUGCAGCAAAACAUCUGCGUCAUCCAGCUCCAUUUUUCAACGGUCCACCAUCAUCGCAACAAUCAGCGAAUAGCAGCUCAUCUUCUACAGAAAUCACCUACCAGCUCUUUCAGCAGCUUAUGCACCAGCAGCAGCUAUUCAUGCAGCAGCAGCAGCAACAGCUAAUGCAGCAGCAGCAAGAUUUCUUCCGGAGUGUCAUAUCAUUGAUCAAUGUUCAGGUCCCUCCAAACCCUGAAAUGAUUCUCGACUCGCUGGCGAACAACAUCAAAGAGUUUCGCUACGAUCCGGACGGAAACAUAACCUUCGCUGCAUGGUAUGGCAGAUACGACGAUUUGUUCGAGCAAGAUGCCGCACGGUUGGACGAUGAAGCGAAAGUCCGCUUGCUCAUGCGGAAACUAGGAUCAGCAGAACACGAACGUUACGUGAGUUACAUCUUGCCGAAAUCGCCAAAAGAUUACAAAUUCAGCGAUACAGUGGAAAAGCUGAAAAUUCUUUUCGGCGCUGCUGAGUCUGUCAUCAGUAAACGGUAUCGGUGUCUACAGGUAACCAAACAACCGACCGACGAUUAUGUCACGUACGCUUGUCGAAUCAACAAGACUUGUGUUGAAUUCGAGCUGAGCAAGCUGUCCGAAGAGCAGUUUAAAUGCUUAAUGUUUGUUUGCGGACUAAAGUCAGAGGGAGACGGCGAAAUACGAACGCGGCUGCUGGCGAAAAUCGAAGAACGUGAUGACGUCACACUAGAGCAUCUUUCAGAAGAUUGUCAGCGAUUGUUGUGCCUGAAGCGGGACACGGCAAUGAUCGAGUCAUCAGCAUCAACGUCAUCAGUGAAUUUCAUCAAGCGAAAACAGCAGUUUCCAAAACGUCAACAUAAGCCACCAGUGGAGACAGCCGGACCAGACAAGAGCAAAAAUAUUCCCUCUACACCCUGCUGGUACUGCGGGGGAAUGCACUUCGUUCGAGACUGCACUCAUCGGAGCCACAAAUGCAAGGACUGCGGCAACAUCGGACAUCGCGAGGGAUAUUGUUCCUCUGCCAAGCGAAAUUUCAAGACCAGCCGAAACAGAAAGCACCCAGGAUCGUUAAAUACAAAAACCGUAAAUCUCCGUAUAAAUACCGUCGAUCAAAAGCGCCGUUUUGUUAAAAUUGUUCUGAACGGUGUGAAAGUGCGUCUACAGUUGGACACGGGUCUGUGGUCUGACGUUAGCAUCGUAUCGAAACGCUUGUGGGAGAAAAUAGGUAAACCACCCACUGCACCAGUAAAUGAGCUAGCCUCAACAGCGUCAGGCGACCGAUUGCAGUUUUUGUUUAAGUUCAGCAGUCUAGUGUCUUUCAACGGUGAACAACAUCACUGUCAGUUUUACGUGGUCGAAAACCCGCUUUAUCUUUUCGGAAUCGAUUUGAUGGAAGCAUUCGGUCUCUUUACAUUACCCAUUAGCAUGUACUGCAACAACGUCAGUGUUCCUGCUAUCACUUUGCAGUCACUCAAAGCGGCAUACCCGAGUGUAUUUAGAAACGAGUUAGGGUUGUGCACGAAAACAAAAGUGAAAUUGGAACGGAAACCAGAUGCAACUCCAGUUUUUCGUCCGAAACGUCCAGUGGCUUUUGCAGUACACAGCACGGUUGACAACAAACUUGACCGACUGGAACGAGCAAAAAUCAUCACACCGGUAGACUUUUCGGACUGGGCAGCACCCAUCGUCGUUGUCAGAAAAACGAACGGGUCCAUUCGCAUUUGCGGAGAUUACUCUACAGGUCUCAACAAUGCACUGCGGUAUCAGUACCCGUUACCGCUACCGGAGGAGAUUUUCAACAAAUUGGCUAAUUGUACUGUAUUUAGCCGAAUCGACCUGUCGGAUGCGUUCCUGCAAGUAGAGGUUGACGAAAGUAGUCGUGAUUUAUUAACCAUCAACACCCAUCGUGGUCUCUACCGGUACAAUCGUUUGCCACCGGGAGUCAAAACAGCACCGGGAGCUUUCCAGCAACUUAUCGAUACAAUGCUGGCAGGUCUUCCUCAUACGUGUGGUUAUUUGGAUGACGUCGUCGUUGGUGGUGUCACUACUGAGACACACUGGGAAAACCUUCGCGCAGUGUUUCAAAGAAUCAGCGAGUUUGGAUUUACCAUCCGAGUGGAAAAGUGCAUCUUCGCUCAGCCUCAAAUCAAAUAUGUAGGUCAUCUGCUUGACCGCAAUGGUCUUCGACCGGAUCCAGCAAAAGUUCAAGCCAUUAACGAAAUGCCAUCGCCCACUGAUGUAUCUGGUGUUCGGUCCUUCCUAGGAGCAAUUAAUUACUACGGAAAAUUUGUUCCUCGUAUGCGCUGUCUGCGGUAUCCUCUUGAUGAGCUGCUCAAAGCGGAUGCGAAAUUCAAGUGGACAGCAGAAUGCCAGGCGGCAUUCAACAAAUUUAAGGAGUUGCUGAAAUCUGACCUACUGUUGACACACUACAACCCUGCACUUGAUAUAGUGGUGUCGGCAGAUGCGUCGUCUGUUGGUGUCGGUGCUACUUUGUCACACAAACUUCCGGACGGCACUCUCAAAGUUGUAUACGACGCUUCCAGAGCAUUAACAGCGGCAGAGAAAAACUACAGUCAGCCCGAUCGUGAAGGACUUGCGAUAAUUUUUGCGGUGACCAAGUUUCAUAAAAUGCUGUUUGGUCGUCGCUUUCAUCUUCAGACAGAUCACGAGCCGUUGCUGAGAAUCUUCGGUUCAAGGAAAGGGAUUCCUGUUUACACAUCGAACCGAUUACAACGUUGGGCUCUUACGCUGUUGCUUCAUGAGUUCACCAUCGAGCACGUUCCGACAGCGAAAUUCGGCAAUGCUGACAUACUUUCCCGUCUGAUCAGCUAGCACGUCAGGC